AAUACUAAUGCAUUGUCGGCAGUGAAUGAAGUUGGUAGCUUCUAAGGAAAGAGCACAUAAUCGACGGGUCCUAAAAGACGCCAGUGUUGACAUCAUCAUCAACAAAUGUCCAAGAAUGUAACCACUAGAGGCCGUUUCAAUGGACCCCAAUAUAUUUCGCGGUUCUUGUACCUUCGUUUUGUUCGUUUGAUUUUCUUCAACCAUCGCAUUUUACUUGUCAAACCAUCUUUUUUUUUUUUUUUUUCCUUCUUCACCUCAACUGGUGCCUUACGCAUUCUUGUAACUCUGAUUUCCGUAAAAAGGAAAUUUUAGGAAAAUUAUAUCACUCGUUUUAUUUUAUCACCUGUUUUCAUGCCAAAAGGAAGCUUCAUUUUAUAAUCAGAAAAUCAUCUGGUUGAUAAGCUGGCUAGUCAAGAAUUUGAGGAAUAGUGGUGUAGGAAAGUUCAUGUUACAUAGCCAAAAAACAAUUAAUAAUGAAAAGAAGAGAAGAGGUAACACAGCGACUUUUUUGGCAGGAUGCAGCCGGCAGUAACUGAGGAUACCACCGUCUUGAGUUAUUGGUUGAACUGGAGGGUCUUGCUAUGUUCAAUAUGGUUAUUGUCAAUAAUGGCUAUAUCAUCAUUUAUUAUAUGGAAAUAUGAAUCUUUGGAUAAGUUGAGAGCUGAUAAAGGAGAAACACAGCAAGAUGCUGUACAAUUUUUGUGUAAUGAUGACACAUGGAAGCCAUGUCUUAAAGAAAUACACCCAUUUUGGCUAUUGGUUUUCCGAGUAUUUGCAUUCUGUUUUCUUUUGUCUAACCUCAUUGCCAGAAUUCUUACUAGUGAAAGCAGAAUAUUCUUCUUUUAUACUCAGUGGACUUUUGUUCUGGUUACCUUCUAUUUUGGGUUUGGAUCUCUUCUCUCCAUCUAUGGGUGUUACCAGUAUCACAAGAUGAUCAGUGGCAAUCUAAACGUACUGGAUGAGACAGAUUCAGAGAAAGGAAACUUCAUGCCUCUAACAAAUGGAGAAAAUGCAAAUAAACAUGAAAUGAGAAAGGUCUUGAAUACCCAAGAGAGAUCCAGUCCAGCAAUUAUUAGUUAUCUGUUUCAAGUUGUAUAUCAGAUGAAUGCUGGGGCAGUGAUGCUCACUGAUUGCGUUUAUUGGCUCAUUAUUUUUCCAUUUCUCACCGUCACCGACUACAAAUUGAGUUUUAUGACAGUGAAUAUGCAUACGCUGAAUGCUGUCUUUCUACUCUGCGAUACAGUGCUGAAUUGCUUGCAAUUCCCAUGGUUUCGGAUUGCUUACUUUCUGCUAUGGACGUUUGUCUUUGUUAUUUUCCAGUGGAUACUUCAUGCUUUUGUCUUCGUCUGGUGGCCUUACCCAUUCCUUGACUUGUCAUCACCAUUUGCACCAUUGUGGUACUUGGGAGUGGGAUUAAUGCAUAUUCCAUGCUAUGGCAUAUUUGUUUUUGUGGCUAGAUCAAAACAUUACCUGCUUUCAAGAUGGUUCCCUCAGUCUUAUCUAUGUUCAAAAUAAGAUUUCUUUUUUAAUAAUUCUUGUAAUUUUAACGUUUUCUUUCUUUUGUAUAAAAUCAAGUCUAUAUAGCAAAAAUGGCUUUCUACA